UUUUCGUAUCGUUCUCGCGUUUUGUCCAAGAUUGCCUCUUUCCGGUUUUUUGGUGGCACGACCUUGGGUUCAGUAGAGCCUAAUCCCGCUCGUUCACUACGGACAUUGGAUUCGACCGGUUGUUGUCGCCCCUUUCCAUCCUUUCCUAGCCCCUCGCCUUCUUUCCAACCCAUACUUAGCAGGCGGAACCCUUUGUUUGCUUCAUUGAGUGGUUUGACCGGAUCGAACUUUGACACAACAACGGCACCUAGACAUAGAAGUUUCAGAAAUCGCAAAUUGGAUCUUUUGGAUUGUACUUUUAACAAAAAAUAAAUCAAUAUACCUGGAACCGGUUUAGCAGCACAUCCGGCGUAGAUAUCAUUCGGAUCAACUUUGCCUACGUCCUUAUUUACGUCAAUUUCCGAGCCAACAAGACGCCGUCGUUUUGCGGCACGGUCUGGGCCAAAAUAUGGAGUGCGAGCAUUUUCUGCAUAGUCGUUGAUUCCGUACAUGGCCUUAAGCGCUUUCAUGUUUCUUCUACGAGCAGUCUCACCAUAGGGAACAGUCACUGACUGUGAUACUGCGGCUGUUUCAGUCGUCAAAAGCCCUUGUUCACAUCCAGGGCAAGUAUUGUUUCCAAAAUGGACAUGAACUCGCAAAAAUUCUUUGCCGAAUUUAAGAAUAUCACCAUGUUCAAUUUCUCGUCCAUCGUCUGCCUAAAAUACUAUAAAUGCUUAAGUCAGUCGCUUAUGCAGAAAAAAAGGAAUACGCACCAACAGUUCGUAGUCAUUCAGAUAGACAUGACCUUUGUUGGUAAGCUUGUUCACAACGUAUGAAUUACUCUCCGGAACAAACACAAAGUCCAAUUGUUUCCUCGAAAUAGAUGAAUCAUCGAUAACAAUAUCACAUCCGGUUUGCCUACCAACGACUCCUCCACAGAUAGUGAUCACAUGGAGAUUAUUCUUGGAAUCCAUGAUUCGUAAUAGGGGCGGUUGCGAAAACCUUUCAUCUUCUCUCAUCUGUAUUCGUUCGUCCUCCUCUUCACUCGUGCUUUCGUAAUAUUCCCUAUUUAAAUCAUCGUCAUUGCCACCGCCGCUUUGCAGUUCCUCCUGAGCUUUCCGCCGUCUUUCCCUCCUUCUUUCGUUACUACCUUUGACCUCGCUAGUUUUUCGUGGUACGGAAAUCAUUUCGCCUGUUGCUUCGUCAAAGUAUUCCACGGGGGACGUUUCAGUGUCCAGGCGAUCAUUCACUCUAUUCCAUUUCUGUGACCGAAACUACGAAACCAGCGGUAACAAUAGACAGUGCUCAAGACUUACUUCAAACUUAUAA